AUGGCUCUAGGUCUCAAGAAAAUGCCAUAUCGAAUGAUAUGGGUCGCAGAGGAUGAUGAGGAAACUCCCAUGCAGCUUGUUGGCAAGAAGAUCACCCCCAUCAUAGAAUUCCCUGGCGAGCCCGCGUUCCCGGAGUCUACCGACAUUAUCAAUCGCGUGGAUGGAGAUGCUAGGUUUGGACCUCCUCUCCUCAAGCCGAAGACAGAGCGACCCGAAUUGGACGCAUGGCUCAAGGGUUUGAGCACGCCAAUGCGAAACCUGGGCCGUCCCCGCUACAUCCGCUCCGCGGUGCUCCCAGAGUUCCGCUCCAGCUCCGCGCGGCAGCGCUUCGUGACCACGCACCCUCUGCCAGACCCCGUCACUGGCGAGACCCUGAGCAAGCCGGACUGGGCCGCGUUGCCACAGGAGCGCCGCGACGAAGUCUACGAUCACUAUUGGGCUGACAGUGGGCACCAGAAGCGCCUGCUCAACGACGCUCUGGCCAGGAUGCCAGCGGGCCUCAUCGCCUCCGACAGGCAUUUGUCGGGCCACGGUCUCUCCUGGGACGACAUCGUAUUUUUCAGCCGGCUCCGCGGCAUCACGCUCAUCAAGGACGUCAAGUUACCUCCAGCGUUAGAUGCGUAUCUGAGCACGAUGAGCGAGAUGACUGACGUACCUCUUCUGACGCAAAUGGCGAUGUAG